CUACGCGGCAUAGACCUGACGCUAUUUGAGAACGAGAUCACGACCUUGCUCGGUGAAAAUGGCGCAGGCAAGACAACGACCUUAAACUGUCUCGCUGGCAUUUUGAAGCCUUCAGCUUGUGACCGACUGCAUGUAUUUGGUGUCCCCGUGUUUCGAAAGCGGGAGCAUGGCGGGGAGACUGAUGCCGAAGCCAAAGCGAACCGUUCCUCGAAAGUUGGCAUCUACAGUGCUUACACCAAUGGAGGUUCUACAUCUCAGGACGGGGGCUUGGCCGGUGGAGAUGCUUUCUCUGAGCGAUCCGGACAACGAAACAAUCGCAGCACACGCUCCAACAGCAAGGAGACUAUGAUGUCGGACGCAAGUAGCUUUGGCGACAACUGCAGAGCGAUUACCAAACUGAGUCCGACAGAUUUGGACUUGCCAGGAGAAGAGUUUUUUCAACGCUUGCUGCAUGUUGUGCCUGGCGGAUCAUCUGCUGUUGGAGCCACACAUGAUGGUAGUUGGCCUUCUGGUGGCAAGCGCAGCGGGCGUACCAGCAAGCGGCACGAUAAGGAACUCAAAUAUAAGGACAAGACGAGGCAUGGAGACGGAAUGCAGUCGUCCAAUCGAAAGGACAAGGAGCCGCAACGCGGAUCGGGCUGCGCGAGCACGACCUACUGCGAACAAACAGACAAUUUGUACAGUGAGCUGACGGUAAGAGAGCAGUUGCGCUUCAUCGCGAAACUGCGGUCUGUCGAAUUUUUGUAUGCUGAGUGGCGACAGCGCGCGCAUGUACCUGAACAUCGGCGCACAACUUUUGCUUUUUAUCUCGAAACAGCGGUUGCGCACGAAGCGGACAGCUUGCUCAAAGACUUGAAUGUGCCACCUGAAAUCGAAUCUAGGCGUUGCUGUGAAUUGUCCGGGGGUUGGAGACGCGUGAUAUCCUGCGCGUCUGCGUUUUUAGGGAAUCCGAGGUUUGUGAUUCUAGAUGAACCCACAGCUGGCAUGGAUCCGCACAAUCGUCGGCUCUUUCAGAAGUUCCUUCUCAAGCGCAAGCAGGGGCGCUGUGUCUUGCUCACUACGCACUUGAUGGACGAAGCGGAGGUGGUCUCAGACAAAGUCGCUAUUCUUAAGUAUGGAGUCAUCAAAACGUGCGGAUCAGUGGACUACUUAAAAACGAUAUUCGGAACUGGGUUUUCGAUGCAGUUGCAGAUGCGAGAGAGAAAACGG